AUGGCAAAGAAAACCGUUCUAUCUACAAGGCAAGCACAGGGUUUACAGAGGAAAGUGAAACGAGUCAAUAGUACCGGGAAGCUAAGCACGGGAUACUUCAUUAAUAAUGCAAUUUUUGAAUGGUUUCCAACCCCAUGGUUUCUCGAGUCGUCCACGAAGUCCACGAUGAAGACGAUCACUCAUAACAGCGAGGAACUCAGGAUACGAUAG